AUGGCCCAACAGAGUACUCCCAUUGGAAUCGAGUCGCCCCCGAACUUUCAUAUCUUUGGUUGUGGAAUCUCAUUCAGCAUUUCGCCAGCCAUCCACAAUGCUGGCUUUAAGCAUUAUGACCUCCCUUUCACCUACGAUAUCCGCGAGUCACCAAGCAUCGACGAAGUUGCAGGAUUGAUUUUGGACAAACAAUUUGGCGGUGGAAGUGUGACCAUGCCACACAAGCUGCAUGUCCACAAAUAUUGCACUGAUCAAACCGACACAGCCCGACUGAUUGGAGCAAUCAAUACACUCGUGAUCAAAGGCAGCGGCGAUAGUCGUACUGUCACUGGUGACAACACCGAUUGGUCUGGUCUGCACACUAUUAUCUCGGAUUAUUCGACAAAGACGAAGAAACAGCCAAAUGUGGGACUAGUCAUCGGAGCUGGAGGUGCUUCCAGAGCUGCCCUGUACGCAAUGUACAGAGCAGGAAUCCAGCAUAUCUAUGUUGUCAAUCGGACUGCGUCAGUAGCAGAACAAGUGAAGAAAGAUUUCCAGCCUGUCUUCGACAUUACCAUACUGCCAGGCUUGGAAGAACUACCUCGCAUGCCAGACGUCAUCAUUGGAACAAUUCCUGCGUACGUCACAACUGAGGAUCAAUUUGGCGCAAUUUUCGGAUCGCAGGGCCUUUGCAUUGACAUGGCCUACAAGCCCAGACAGACGCCACUUCUGAAUGUGGCACAGAGACACGAGAACUGGCAAACUGUCACGGGUGUUGAGGUACUUCUUUCUCAGGGAUACGACCAGUUCCAGCUUUGGACUGGCCGCGAGGCGCCUAAGCAGCAGAUGGUGGAGGCGGUUGCUGAGCAUGAACGGAAGCAGGCCAAACAAGAAAAGGGCGAAGUUCUAUAG